AUGUCGAAUUAUGGCCAGCCCCGCAACGGCAUGGUCAAGGAGCACCAAGCGGGGGUGACCGACAGUGGGCGGCACGAUGCUCACAUGCCUGGUCCACUGGCCAGGUUUGGGGAAGAGUCAUUGGGUCUCCCUGGGUCGGUUCGCACCUUCAAGGUGGGAACGGAGCUGCGGGGAGUGCGCUCUAAUUCCCGUGUGGAGGGGGCUGCGGUAGGGGAUGGUGAGGGUGAUGCGGAGGAGGAUGAGGAGGAGGAGGAGGAGGGGGAGGGGGAGGUGGAGGAGGAGGAGAAGGAGGAGGAGGGGGAGGAGGAGGAGGAGGAGGAGGAGGAGGAGGAGGAGGAGGAGGAGGAGGAGGAGCACGUGGAGUACGAUCGUUUAGGGGCGUGUGGGGAUGAGCUGGAUGAAUCGGGCAGUAGGGAAGGAAGUGAUCGCGCAUACAAUCCUACCGAUGAGGGGGGUGAUGCGGCCUAUGACGAGGACCACGAAAUGGAUGAUUUGGAGGCGGAGGAGGGUGUUGGCGAAAAUGAGGGGAGGCGUACGCGUGGGCGGGGAUGCCCCCAGCAAGGGGCGGCAAGUGGAGCAGGAAGGGGGCGGGCUGGUGGUGUUCGGAGUGGGCGUGUGGAGAAGAGGGGUCGCGGGAGGGGGGGGAGGGGUGGAGUGGGUGAGGGUGAGACGUUUCCGGAGGGUGGGUAUGAGGGCGUGCCCAAUGGGGGGAUCGAUUGGCCGUACUGCAUGCGGUGGCCAAUCAUCCCUGGGGCUGGACGUCAGGCCGGCGUUCGUGGUAGGGGGGGGAUGGAGCGGUUUGUGGGCCACCAGUUCAGCGUGCGCUCCUUGUGGGAGGCACUCACCAAGCUGGUGGUGACGGGCAACGUGCCUGUCCGCUUCGUGGAGCUGGAAGCGGAGAUAGCGGACUUGGUGCUGGAGGUGGUGCGUGAUUGGGACUUGGUGGACCGUUGUGUCGCAUUCGUGAGCGACAACGCGUCCAGCAACACACGCGUGUUCCACCUCCUUUCCGGUGGUAGUUCUCGCCCUGCCAUCUUCCGCCCAGGCAUGCACGUCAGGUGCACCUUGCACGUGCUGAACUUGGCGGUGCAGACAGCACUGAAGGUGCCCCUUGUGCGCAAGACCCUGCGUCUGGUGCGCGACGUGGCGAUCUUUGUGGGGUACUCCCCCAUCCGCACGGGGAACUUUCAGGCGGAGCAGGUGCGAGCGUACCCGGGUAGAGCGCUCUUGAAGCUCGUCCAGGACAGCCCUACACGAUGGGGUUCAACGUAUGAGAUGGCAGUCCGCUUCCUCCAGCUGCACAGGGCGAUCCACGUCAACUUCUACGACGACCAGGUACGAUAG